CGGUGCGGUGCGGUGCGGUGCGGUGCGGGUCCGCAGCGGAGGCAACGCGGGGAGACGCCGCUGCGAUCCAACGUCACUUCAACUUCGAUCAGUCAGUGUCUGCGCGGCGGCCCAAACUGGAGGAGCGAUAUUUCAUUCAGUGUCAGAUCCGCUUCUUCUUCUCUUGUUCUUCUCCCCGCCGCCAUCCUUCGGAUAAUUAAUUCCCCGCUGAAAACCUUUCCUUUUUUCCUUCCUCCGCAACGCGACUGCAUGAUCCCGAUGAAUCGAGCCGGCGCACCGUGAUUGCUAAGGAGCAGUAAGGUCCUCUUUUUGGGAUUGUCCUUCGCUGUAUACAUGCGUGUCUUUAGUCACACUCGCCUCGGGAGUUGAAUCUGCGAAAGUGCGGCCAAAAUGUGGCAUCGCCUGGUACACGGGGUCCUGUUCUUGGCAUGGCUCUUUCAGACAUCCAUCGCAGGCUUUCCCAACCAGAUAAACAUAGGGGGACUUGUUAUGCGAUCCACGGUGCAGGAGCACAGCGCAUUCAGAUUCGCUGUGCAGUUGUACAAUACCAACCAAAACGUGACCGAGAAACCCUUCCAUCUCAAUUAUAAUGUCGAUAACCUCGAGUCUUCCAACAGCUUUUCUGUCACCCAUGCAUUCUGUUCACAGUUCUCCAGAGGAGUAUAUGCUAUCUUUGGCUUUUAUGACAAGAAGUCCAUGAACACUCUGACCUCCUUCUGUGGAGCACUGCACACCUCUUUCAUAACCCCAAGCUACCCUAUCGACGCAGAUGUGCAGUUUGUCAUCCAGAUGAGGCCAUCACUGCGGGGGGCUGUCCUUAGUCUUCUGACCCACUACAAGUGGGAGAAGUUUGUCUACCUCUAUGACACAGAAAGAGGAUUCUCAAUACUACAAGCCAUCAUGGAGUCCGCAGUGGCGAACAACUGGCAAGUGACCGCGCGGUCAGUGGGGAGCAUCGUAGAUCCUCAAGAGUACAAGCGAAUCAUAGAGGAGAUGGACAGACGGCAAGAGAAGCGCUUCUUGAUAGACUGUGAAGUGGGGAGGAUAAACACCAUCCUUGAACAGGUUGUGAUGCUGGGGAAGAACAGCCGAGGCUACCACUACAUCCUGGCCAAUCUGGGCUUUGCGAAUGUGAGCCUGGACAAGGUAGUCGCUGGGGGAGCGAACAUAACCGGGUUUCAAAUAAUCAACCCUGAAAACGCCAUAGUGCAGCAGUUCCUCCAGCGCUGGGAUCGCCUGGAUGAAAGGGAGUUCCCAGAAGCUAAAAACACACCUCUGAAGUACACAUCUGCACUGACCCACGAUGCCAUCUUGGUGAUUGCUGAGGCAUUCCGGUACCUGCGGAGGCAACGUGUGGAUGUGUCACGGAGGGGCAGUGCUGGGGACUGCCUGGCCAACCCUGCUGUCCCCUGGAGCCAAGGCAUUGACAUUGAAAGAGCCCUGAAAAUGGUCCAAGUACAAGGUAUGACUGGAAAUGUUCAGUUUGACACCUUUGGUCGAAGGUCCAACUAUACCAUCGACGUGUAUGAAAUGAAGACAAGUGGCCCUCGGAAGAUCGGGUACUGGAACGAGUUUGAAAGAUUUGUAAAUAUUAUGGAUCAGCAGGUCACCAACGAGUCUUCUUCUGUGGAAAACCGAACAAUUGUGGUCACUACUAUCAUGGAAGCACCCUAUGUGAUGUACAAGAAAAACUAUUUACAUCUGGAGGGGAAUGACAGAUAUGAAGGCUACUGUGUCGAUUUAGCUUCCGAAAUUGCUAAACAUGUCGGGAUAAAAUACAAACUAUCUAUUGUAUCGGAUGGGAAGUACGGUGCCAGGGACCCUGAGACCAAGACGUGGAACGGGAUGGUGGGUGAACUCGUAUAUGGGAGAGCUGAUAUAGCUGUUGCUCCUCUAACUAUAACAUUGGUUCGAGAAGAAGUGAUUGAUUUUUCUAAGCCCUUUAUGAGCUUGGGGAUCUCCAUUAUGAUAAAGAAGCCCCAAAAGUCCAAACCUGGAGUUUUCUCCUUCCUUGACCCCCUGGCCUACGAAAUUUGGAUGUGCAUAGUAUUCGCCUAUAUUGGCGUUAGUGUCGUCCUCUUCUUGGUGAGCCGCUUCAGCCCUUAUGAGUGGCACCUGGACGACAGUGAUGAAGCUAAAGACCCUCAGACCCCACCGGACCCACCAAACGACUUUGGGAUCUUUAAUAGUCUCUGGUUCUCCCUGGGAGCCUUUAUGCAGCAAGGAUGCGAUAUUUCACCAAGGUCAUUGUCAGGUAGAAUUGUUGGAGGCGUUUGGUGGUUCUUCACACUCAUCAUCAUCUCAUCCUACACUGCCAACUUAGCUGCUUUCCUCACAGUGGAAAGGAUGGUCUCCCCUAUUGAGAGCGCCGAAGAUCUUGCCAAGCAAACAGAGAUCGCUUACGGGACCUUGGACUCAGGCUCCACCAAAGAGUUUUUCAGACGAUCAAAAAUAGCAGUGUAUGAAAAAAUGUGGUCAUACAUGAAAUCAGCAGAACCAUCCGUGUUUGCCAAGACAACACCUGAGGGGGUUGCCCGGGUACGAAAGUCGAAGGGCAAGUUUGCCUUUCUUCUCGAAUCCACCAUGAAUGAGUACAUUGAGCAGCGGAAGCCUUGCGAUACCAUGAAAGUUGGCGGCAAUCUCGACUCAAAGGGCUAUGGUGUGGCGACCCCGAAAGGCUCAGCAUUAGGAACUCCUGUAAACCUUGCAGUAUUGAAACUCAGUGAACAAGGCAUCUUAGACAAGCUGAAAAACAAAUGGUGGUACGAUAAGGGUGAAUGUGGAACCAAGGACUCUGGAAGUAAGGACAAGACAAGUGCCCUAAGCCUGAGCAAUGUUGCAGGAGUCUUCUAUAUUCUGGUUGGAGGGCUGGGGCUGGCCAUGACAGUAGCUCUCAUAGAGUUCUGUUACAAGUCACGAGCUGAAACCAAACGCCUCAAACUUGCCAAAAACGCCCAAAACUUUAAACCAGCUCCUCCGGCAAACACCCAGAAUUUUGCUACAUACCGAGAAGGCUACAAUGUGUAUGGAACAGAGAGCGUUAAAAUUUAGGGGCAGAGAAGUGGCAAUGUGUGCAGUAACAGCAAAACUGCAACGAUGGACAACGUUGAGACAGCAUACUCAAUCACAGGCCUGGGCACCCUUGGAAAUAAUGAAGGCUAUUAUUGUGGCAUUGGUACAGCGUGAUAAUCUACAAUACUGAUAUGACAGAACUUGUCACUUUAAAAUUUUGAUUUGUUUCCUUCAGUGCCUUAUGGAGCAUUGAGUCACAGCAAUGCAACUGAGAAAUAGCUUUGCUUGAGACAUAAAGGAAAAAAUGAAAAAUUACAACAAAACAAAAAUUUAAGAAUAAUACUGCAAACUGUGGGGGGAAAAUUACAUCCCAAAACAAUUUACAAAAAAAAAAGACAGAUGUUUGACAAAGAGAAAACCCAUCAUUUGCAAUCCUAGCCUAUUCAUUAGAAACAAAGGAAAUAAACAUGUACCUAUCCAAGAGACAAAAGAGACAAAAGAUUGACAUGGAGUAUACAGCAAAUUCUUUUACAGAUUUUAAAAGUAAAUUUCUUGAAAUAAGACAUCAUUCUUACAUGACAAUGCUGAUUAAUUGCAAAUCUGCUUUCAUUGCUACUAUAUGUACAGUUACUGCAAAAUUACAGUUAUUUUAUUACAAAAAAGUAAAUAGCUGCACCCCAAUUUUCUGAUUUUUUGCCAAACAUUAUUCACUUUUUUCAUUACUGGUGUUGCCUAUGUUGUUGAGCUUUACUUUUACAACAAAAAACUGAGAACACAUAUACUGUAUGAUUCUGUACAAUUAUUUUACUAUGAUGAAACCAUCUGACAUUUUGCCCAGAUAUGUUGAAGACAGAUGAUGAAAACAAAACUACACUGAUACUUCAGACUUAAAUCCACUGAAAUCAUUACACGACUAACAGCAACUGUUUUAAAAGUUAUGGUUGGUUAAAUGACAGCACAUUCAGAAUCAUGCUGUAGUACCCCUUUUAAUGGCUGUUUUUCCUUUCUUUUACAUUGCUUAGCAAAUUAAAAUGUACCCAUAAGGUGAUA